AUGGAUCGCGCAGCAACCUCCGACGCGCGCGCGCGCAGCAGCCUCUCCAAGGCUCAGGAGCACUUGAAGAACAAUGACGUAAAGGAAGCCAUCGAGGCCCUCUCGUCGCAUCUGCGCUUUAACCAAGUUACCCCUAUCGGGUUUGAGUGCCUCGAGCUGCUAGCCGAUCUCUGCAUUACCCAGGAGAAGCUGGAACCGAUUAAACUGAUCGAGGUGCUCCGGCGGUGUCGCAGCGGUCUCCGCGGUUCGCAGCACGUGGAGGAGAGCGUGCAGCGCAUUGUAGACUCCGUCAUGAUCCGCAUCCGACAGAUGUGCGCAAGGGCAAAGGAGCGCGCAGAGGCGAUGCAGGUCAACGCCACCGAAGGCGACCGGAUGCUCGCUGCCUUGAACGGCAUCUCUCUCGCCGCGCUCGCCGAGAAGCGCCACAUCAUUCCCUGCCACGCCGCCCUGCGUCGCCUCAUUCGCCACUUCUGCGGCAACAACACUAUUGGUUUUGCCAAAAAGCUGACGUUUAUUUACAACAAGACGGUUCGCCAGUUCCUGUCCAUGUGCAAGGAGUUCAACGCUCCUGCGUGUGUGCUGGACAUCUCCAGUGCUGUGUCGCGCACCGUAUCGCACAUGGCGCUGGACCACUUGCACGACCACGACGAUGCAGCGUCGCGAAACGCUGUGCAGGAGCUGCUGAAGGAGCGUGCAGCCUUCCUGACGUCCACAUCGGCAGUGACCGAGACAGUGGAGACGUUGUGCUGCUUGCUCAACGACAUCUGCAGCCUGCGCCAGUACGGUGGCGCCUUUGACGUUCUCUCGUGCUUGAAGCGCGUGUGCGACAAGGUGCAGCGCAACGAGGAGUUUGUCGACGUAGUGUCAGGGGCCUACGAAACAAUGAGCGACAUCUUCUGGACGUGCUCCGUGUACAACUACCAUGCCUACUGCCUUUCCGUUGCUGCGUCCAUGAAGCGACAAGAGAAGCGCGGCCCCCUCGCCGCUCGCGCCGUCCUUGCCUCACUCUGCGUGGCCGAUGGCGACAUGGAGCUGGACCCGUUUGGCCGCUACCGUGAGAAGAAUGCCCGCAUCGACGAGCUAUUUGAGUCGCCGGUCACCACCAAAACGAGCCUUAUCGCGAACCUCAAGACAAAGGGCGUGUACACGCUCGCCUCCCCGGACAUUGUCAAGAUCGCGGCCAACCUCGAGGACCCCAACUUCUCCGACUUCACCGGAUUGCACAAGAGCGUAACGGCGCUGACGGCAGGAAACAGCGACCUCGCCCGCUACGGGAACGAACUCCACAAGAUGAUCCUGCGCUACCAGCUGGAGGUUCUCUCCGGCACAUGCAACUACGUCGAGGUGCUCUCUCUCGCGGCGUACAACGGCAACCUGACGGCGGCGGAGUACGUCAACAACAUUGAGCCCGUCAUCCUCGGCGAUGAGUCUGUCUCUGUGGACAUUGACACGCGCACAAACACGCUCUCGUUUCGCGACUCGUCGAAGGCGAAGAUGUUGAGCUACUUUAACAAGAUUGUUGCGAACGUUGACACUGUCCCCGCGUCCUCGCUAGCGACGACAUCUGGCCGCUACUCUGACUUCACCCACGUUGCCGCGUCUUCAUCGAAGAGGCAGGUGACUCCGUCGACAGAGGAUCUCGAGGCCGCACGUGCGCGUAGCACCAGCAUCUACGCGCUGCAAAAGGCCUGCAUCAACUCCAAGGCGGAGCGUAUCGAGGAGGCAAAGAAGAGCGAGGAUAAGAAGCGGGAGCGGGCCGUGGCGGAGCGCCGUGAGCAAGAGGAGGCAAAGAAGGAGGAGACGCAAAAAGCGUACAUCCGCAAACUCUACGCCGAGUACAACGAACGCCAGCGGCAGGAGCGGGGCAAGGAGGUGCUCCGAAAGCUGCGCAUCAAGUACCCCGGCUUCAAGGCCGACGAGGCUAUUGUUUACCGCAGCGCCGCAGGGUUUGAGGAUGAGCUCACACGCCUGCUCGCGGCGUUCAAGCGCCGCGGCGUCGACAAUGACCGCAAGGAGAUUCUCCAGGCAAACCUAUACGAGCGUGCUCUCCGCGCGCUGGAGAUUCCAAAGCGCAAGGACUACGAGGCACAGAACGCAGAGCGCAACCGCGCCGAGCGUUCCGCCGCCCGUGAAAACUACCUUGCUGAGCAUCGCCGCGAGUACGAUCGCCGUCAGAACGAGAAGGCGGUGCUUUCCAAGUUCCUUCACGACGCCGACGAGUUUGAGCGAACGUGGCGCAAGCGUGCCAACAUCGAUAAGCCGUCGAAGCGCGACGAGCAGCAGCGUCUUCUCGAGGAGGAAAUGCGCCGGCUCGGCGGCGAAUGA